AUGUUGCCUGUCAUCGGUUGUAAACGUAAAGUAUGUGUUAGAAGCUUUCUCGUUGUUUGGCUCGGUGUGCUUCCCGUAAAGUUCUAUUGUGUACCGUAAAUAAACAGUGGUUAGUGUGAUUCUAGGCAUCGAAUUCUUUCUUGAUAUUUUGAUUUUUUUGUUAACAAUUUGACGAACAAUUUGAUGGAAAGUGAUGAUUUUUGAUCUGGAUGAGGAAUCUAAAAGUGAGCAAACUGGGUCUUGCAAGUGCUCGAGUUAAAUGUGAUACAUGCUGCAUUAGGUAAAAUAAUACCUGUCGAGUGUCGCACAACCCGCAUUCAACAGCAAUCGAAAGAGCACCUUUUGUGGUUUCCGUUGACUGUGCUAGUGUUUCGGAGGUUGCCUUUUCGCCGAUGCGUGUACGUGUACUGGGUGCAUAUUGUAGAGGAUUCAAACGGCUGCGCUGCGACCCCGUCGCACUUAGAGAUUACCUACUUGCCAGAAUGCCUAUUUUGUCAGUUCAACUGAAUAAUUGUUGCUGAUUACUCAGGUGUUUCUAACGCGGGAUGAAUGUUACGUAAGCGAAGAAAAGUACGAUUUGAUGCUUUCUGUUACAUGUUUGUUGUGUCUGUGGUUUCUGUAGAAAAAAGUUAUAGUAGGUACCUAGUAGCAUGUGGCGCAACCGUAUAACAUCAGGAUUGACUGUAUGGUUAUACGUUGCGCAUUGUAUGGACAAAAACAACACAGGCAGCUGAAUUGCAGCAUUCUGAUUCAGAUUAUUCCGUGCCAUCCAUGCAAGUACUGUCAUCACACACUACGGCUAAGUGAAGUGCUCGUCCUGUACGCCAAAAAAAAACACAUUCGGGUGACAAGUUAAUUAUCGCACUUCAACAAGCGCUGGUGGUCCUGUUGAGAUCGUUCGUUCUCUUUUUUGCUUGGACACCGUCAACAAAGUCACCAUGUCCGCCGAGCUAGCGGCCAACAUCGACAUUACCACGAUCAAAGAUGAGGACCUGCUCCGGAAACUGUGGCACGACGCACAGGAUUUCGGCCGCAAACGGGAAAUCCGUGCGCAUAUGUACAAGCUGCGCGAGGAGCGCCUAAAAGCAUUGUACUCCCAGAUUGAGACUCCCCCGUUGACAUCCAUUAUGGAGCAAAACAAUAUUAGCAGCAAGUACGGUUUGUCGAAGACCACCGUCACCGGUAGUCAUGGCGACUCGCUGGCCGAUCAGAGCUUCGAAAGCUUCAAAUCUAAGGAAGUUCGUGACUCGGAAAGUCCCACACGCUUUGGCACCGUUAUUCCUUCAGAUAACAGCGGAUGGCACGUAACUACAUCGGAAGAGGUGAGUGCUGAUGGUACGACACAUACGGUGCGAAGUUCUGCCACCACAGAAGGUACUAAGGAAGUAGACGGUGGACGGACCUCAUUUGCCGGUAAAAAUGAAGAAGCUGUCAGCGAACGUAUGGUAGGAGAUGCUGACAAUUUUGUGCACAAUAAAAAACACGACCAAGCAACUUUUCUUGCGGAGAGUGGCGUUUUCGAAAAGGAAGAUGGCAGUAAGGUGCAAACCUCCCAUUCCACGUCGGUCACUUCGUCCUCUUCGCGGAUGGUUAGCAGUUCGAAACAAUCUACAGGCGAUGAAACAGACUUUGUGCCGAUUAAAAUGGACACAACCGAUAUGAAAGCUGGGCUCCAGCAAACAUCGAGCUACAAAAGUCAGAAAACUCGUAAUCUUGUCGAAUAUAUACCUCCUCUUGAGAGUCCUGAUAAGCUUGGAUAUAGCGAGUUUGAUCGUCCGAACGAUGUACGCGUGGCAGAGGUUAUGAAAAUGAUAGAACAACCAGGUGAAAUACUUUCCCAGGAAGAAAAGAUGGUUAAUCCAACCACAAAAGAAAUUGUCGUCAAGAAGAAAAUUGAGGACGGAACGAUAAUAACACAUAAAAGAUAUGAGAAAAUUGGACAAGAAGAGGUGGUUGAGCAGCCACAAGAACAAACUGCGAACUUGUCUUGGACGCAGUACGAAUGGGAUGAGAUUGCACAAAGAUCGGGAACCAGCUCAAAAGCGGCUCGAGAUGAAACCGAAUAUCGUUCGUCUAAGAAAGCAGUUGCUGACAAGGUAACCAAUCAGCAGUUUAUUGCUGAAGAACGAAUUUCGAGUCAACAAAUUGAGCAGGUCAAAAAACAGCAAGAAGUUACUGCUCAGCACAAAAUAACUGUCGACGUAGAUGCGGCACACGAUUCAUUCGCCCGGUCACUUCGCUGUACUUCUCCCACUGGAAGCGUUCGUUCGGUUCAUUCGGCUUCAGGAAGAUCCAGUGUCAGUCCAGACAAAUCCAUUCACAGUAGACGGUCACCGUCACGUGAUUCCGAUACUAGUCGUUUCAGCAGCCACACUACAACGCGUACAAGUAGAACAGACAUUUCCCACAAAGAUUACAUGCGUCCAACUGUAACCUCCGAACGCAAGCAAUCCAACUUUAAAGAAACCACAAUUCAGGAGUCUUCCUCUAUGGACGCUUACGAUACGGUUGACAAAACGAAACUAAAAGAACGCUCGCUUAGCCCGAAAAAGGUCCCUCAGAAUACGCCUGACAUGACUCCAAGAGGACCAUCGCCUGAUAAACUAACAAGACCAACAUCUCCUUCAAAAACCUCGAAGGACUCAUCGCCAUUCUGCUCAGUUGGUAAUUCACGAAGUGUAUCUCCACUCAAGAGAGAAGGAUCACCAACUAAAACUACCUCCGGAAAAACAUCUUCACCCAGCAGGGAUAGAUCGCCGACUAAAACUACCUCUGAAAAAUUGAUUCGGACUGAUUCUUCGGAAACAUUCGAUAUCGAUACGACAAUCACAAUUUCUACAAACGAAAAACUUCAACAGCAAGUACGAGAGGAUGUGAAAGUCUUUGAUACGAAAAGCCACCUCACAAAUGUGGACGAUAUUACCAUCAAGGUAAACCUGCAAAACGUCAGCGAUGAUGUUGAGAUAACAACAACGGUUGAGGAGGUGGAUUUGAACGAGGACGCUCGAAAACCAGCUGAAACUACAAAAUCUGUGAAAACUCCAAAAGAAAAGCCUCCACUUGUACGCAGUGAAACCUUCGAGGAGCGCUGUCGUAAGAUUCUUGGCAUGCCCGAUUCCGGUGAGCCGGCGGAAGGGAAAGCAGAACCUGAUGCACCAAGCAUUUUUAGUACGUACGAUAAUACACUAACUAGAAGUUCGGAAAUUCGUGAGAAGCGUAAGAAAAUCGAACAAGAAAUUAAAUCGAUUGAAUCCGAAACAAAAAGAACUUCUCGCAAAACUGACGACUUCAUUGCUAUGGAGAGAGGUGUCGAAGCGAGGAAUGUUUCUCCUAAAAGAAAACCGUCAGAGGUAGGUAAAGAAUCAUCUCCUACUCGUAAGUCUCCCGUAAAAGAGAAGUCGCCUGCUAAAACUGUGUCUCCUGUGCGUAAGCAAUUGCAACCUUCACCGGAACGGCAGCCACAGCUGCUGGUGAAGGAACAAUCUCCGAUGCGAAAACAUUCACAACCUUCACCCGAACGAAAACCCAAACAAGAAGUAUCAUCGAAGCAACCCAAGGAAACGUCGCCGGUUCGUAAGCCAUCUCAGGCAUCUCCAGAGAGAUACCCGAAAGAAGCUCCAGUAAAAAAUAAAUCACAACCAUCUCCCGACCGACAUUCUAAGGAUUCCGAAACUACAGCGUACAAGAAAGAAGAAUCUCCGUUCCGAUGCUCGCGUUCUCAUGAGCGAUCGCCGCCUCCAACCGACAAAAAAGCAAGGUCUCCGGUUGGCAAGACUUCUGUUGGAUCUCCGACGCGUAAAUCCGUACAUACUACUGAGACCUCAAUAACGAAAAGCACAACGUCGAAGGCCGAUAUACUCGUGAACCAGAAGAAGGAGGGCAAGAAUAUAUCCGUAACGGAAAUCACUAUACAACCGAUAGUUGAAGCGAAAAAAUCUGAUAAAAUCCUUACGAAGCAAACGUCCGAUAGUAAAUUCGAGCGUAGAACUACUAGCAGCCGUGCGGUAACUAGCAAAAGUUCCUCGGAUUUCGACGUCAAGCGCAAAGCUGUUUUCGACAAAACGGAAACAACAACGGACAAAAAUGUUCGAACUGUAAAUAAACCACGAACUCCAGCAACUAGCCCGGACAAGCGACGCCCUCAAGAAACAAGUCCAGUAAAGUCCGAAAAACUGAAGAAUCACAUUACUGUAGCGAAGAUUAAGAUCGAGCCAGUUCGUAAAGCAACAACCACUAAAGCAAUCACAGAGGAUAAAACUGCUGGUAGAACUUGUACGAAAACAAUCAAAACUUUUAAAAAAGUCGUCGGAGACUACACUGAACCUGAAUCUGACAAAGACACUGGCAUUUCGGACAAUGAGGUUGAAAAUGAAACUGUAACUACAGUGCAAACUACAACUACUACAUUUUCUACAGCAAGAAAACAACCAUCGUCUGAUAGAAAGGAUUCGGCCCCGGUAUAUCGUACGACUGGGAGGGUUGAAAAAACCUACCCACGUUCGUCUAGCGAUAAUGGUUUAAAAGCUACCAGCUCUACCACGACUUCUAAGAAAACUUUCACCACUAAAACUACCACGACAGCUAACACGUCGGCUGCAGUUAAGAAAACCGAUCGUCCUCUCAAAUGCGUAUCGACCAAAACGAUUAAUCUGUCCGCCAAGCCAACCAUCGAUUCUGGCAAUCUAGACAACGUUGUGAUCGACAUUCAGCAGGCAAAAUCUUCACGGGAACCAACGCCGAAUAAAUUGAUUCCCAUUCCAGUCUCACCGGACGAAGAUACCGGUAAACCACGCUAUCCGGAUGCUGUUCAGGAGCCUGAUGAUGAACCCAAGCGGGUUCCCAGGGUGAAUAACAUUCCAAUUUUCGAGGAAGCCACAAACGAGUACGUCGGUUGUGAGAUUACUGAAGUUGAAGAUCAUGAAGUCCGCGCUGCUCGGGCCAGCCGAAUUACCAACCUGGAUCGCGUGACUGAGGAUGACGAAUCGCUGCUUAGCGUAACCCAGAAGGUUUCCAAGUUUGUUGAAGAAGCGAAUAGGCUUAAAGAUAUUCCAGCAACGAAAACCCCGAAUCGUUUCGUUCGUCACGAGUAUGAAGAGUUGGAUGAACAUCUCAAGUCGGAUGAGUGUCUGCUUAGCGUUUCGGAUAAAGUUACAAAGUUUAUUUCAACGGCGGAGGAAGUGAAGAAAAUUAAAACCUCUGGACCGUUUGUUCCGGAAUGCAAGGUAACGGUUGAUGUGGCUGGGUCGGAUGAGUGUUUGCUGAGUGUCAACGAAAAGGUGUCCAAGUUUGCGAACGUGGAUACCGGUAAGUCAACAGAUUGGAUGGCUUCGUCCGUAACUUCGGCAACCGAUGAAAUGGACCGUUCGGCGGUUAGCGUAGUGGAUAACGAUGAAUCGUUGUUGAGUGUUUCGGAGAAGAAAAAGAAGUUUAUUUCCGGAUCGAGUGCGCCACAGAAGUCACCAGAAUUGGUUAAAAACGUGAUGAAACAGACCAGUCGAACGGAGAAAACAGUUGACGAAGCAGUGAGUGGUUUAAGUAGCGACCAUAAAACGAGAAUCACCGAGCGAUACACGACAGCUACCUUAACUAAGCCAAGGGAUAAGGUACCGCAAGGUGUUGGCCUGCGUAGUACCGAAGCAGUUAAAAAGGUAAAGGAGAUAUUUGAGAAUGGUGGCAAACCUGCUGCCUUUGAAACUGCUAGGCAGAAGGAUAUCCUGAACCGCCCGUCAGUAUGGGAAGACCGCAGAAAGAAGGAAGCUGCUUCGUCACUAGCGACAACUACCGAGAAAACUCAGAUCAAAACAGUACAGGAGAAAGAUCAAAAGGACGUUAAACUAACAGAUAUUGGCGUAUACAAGCGAACGCAGCUGAAAGCCGAGAAAGAUUUGAAGAAAGAAGAACCUGUCGAGAGCAAACAGGAAACACCGAAGUCGCGUCGAGGAAGCGGUACUCCACAAACUCCUGCCUACAUACGCGAUACAGUUUCAACGAAAAAGGAUUUGUUUGAAAAGAGAAUUUCCUCCUCAAAACUGGACACAUCUGAGCUUAUAAGGUCAACAACAUCACAGGAAGACACCCAGGAAUUCUCGCACAAUACCGCCAAAAGACCAUCGAUCAGCGAGAAAUAUGAACGAUCAAUCUCUCGCGAUACACCGACGCCCGGAAACAAGCCUUCAUACAUGAAUCACACCGUUAGCUCAUUGGAACACAUGAACAGUAGCCGUCGAGAGUCCGUAGAUAACUCACAUCAAAUUCAACAGCCAGAACCUGUUACCAAGAUGACAAACAAAUUUGGUGUUGAGUUGAAACGAACUGACUCUGGAAGGAACGUGCUCUCAUCGCCUGUGAAACGUAAAAACUCAGUAGAUGCUCUGAUGAUCGAAGAAAUGUUCGAUUUGGAAGCACUGGAAAAGAUGCUGGAAAACGUUACAGGUUAUGAACAACGCAGACGAAUUCGGGCUCAGAUUCGCUUAGUUAAGAAGAUGGGUGAAAAAGCGGGAACAACGGUAACAACGACUACCACAACGACAUCCACGAUGCGAACCAAUCGCGUUCGUGAUGUAAGCCCAAAAAGAAAGGAAUCAAGUCCUACAAGAGUGCUGAAAAAAGAUGCUGACAUCAGAGUCUCCAAAACGGUGGAAGUUGAAAGGAAAACCGAGCCUCUACAACGGAGUGUAAGUCCAGCCAAACCCAGAGCAGCAACGUAUGAAAAAACAACGGUUACUCAAGCAACAACAUCACCUGUCACACCCACAACUAAAACGUCCAAGCCCAAUGAAAGGAUUACUCCAAAAGAAUCGAAAGACGACAAACCGAUUUGGGCAACAAGUAACAUUCUCAAGAAAGCAUCGGACACAACGCGAAGUUUCCGAACGACUUCGACUGUGAGCACCGCGAAGAAAACUACGUCCACCAUGCGUGAUACACCGAAGGAAACCAAGCCUACUGAUUGUAUAACCUCCAGCUAUGGCGUUGGUCCAACAGAUGAGAACGGGUUACCAUUGUUCGGAAUUCGAGCGUUGAAGAAAAAGUCAGCAGCCCCUCCUUCGGAUACAGAAACAACAUCAAAGAUCACCGGAACUUUCGUGACGGAAACUUUGUAUUCGGAAAACGGUUCAGCACCAGUCGGUGAACGCAAAACUACAGUAUACUCCUCCGACGCGAAAGAUUUAGAAGAUCUGAACGUCUCAAGUAGCAAACGCAGCUUGGCAGAAGUUCGCGAAAAGUUACUGGAGCGUGAAAACUCACGUAAAGGAUUAAUUUCGGUAACGAAAACGGAAAAAUUCAGUAACGGCAACAGUCAAGUGACAACCGAAAUUGGCACAAUGGAUGAUCUUCCGCAAAGGGAACCCAAAGUGCUUCGGAAAGGCUCAGUAAAGGAGCUGACCGAACGAUUUGUACACAAAGAGUCCUCGUCUUCGCUGGUUUCGGAGAAAUCCUACCCGAAGGCUGGCCUGAUCUUACGAUCCACCCAGAGCCAUUCGAGCCGUUCAUCGACACCAUGCGAAAUCAGUUCGGUUCGCUCCGGAUCGGUUGAUUUCGACGAAAACGAUAUUGAGCUGCGCGCAGGUACAAGCUCCCACCGGUCGGCGGCACGCGAAAGCGUUAUGAGCUCUAGCACAACAACAGAGCAAGAGGAAAUGGACGACGGAGUUGUUUUCCGCAAAAGUCAAAGUAGCAGCAGUACUCGCCAGACUAGAUCGUUCCUGAACGAUGGCAGUCGUGUUUCCGGGGUUCAGGAUGUGCUUGAACGGAUGCGGAAUGCAGAUAAUGUGGAAGAAGCAGGCGACAAUGAUGAAGACCGUGAAGCCCGUGCUCUGCUAAACAAGUUCCUUGGUGCCUCAGUUCUGAUGAGCGGUAUGGAGUCAAUGAUCGCUAGCGGAAUGAAGGAAGAAUCGUCGACCGUUGAGUGCGCACCCGGCACGCAAAAGAUUUCCAGAGUAACUACGACCCGAGCCCUGAAAACAAGUGCUUCCUCCUCGAACAACGCAUCGAAGCCGAGCAUCGAUAACCUAGAACAGAUUUGGGACGAAACAGUACUAAAACAAUUGUUGGACUCUUCGACAAACUACGAGGAACGCCGUAAGAUCCGUACACGCCUUCGACAGAUCAUGGCCGAGAAAGAAGCCUGUGCCGACAUCGUGGCCAGCGUAACAGCCGACCUGCAGCGUGAACGGCAACUCCAGCAGCAACAGAGCGCUAACGACUCUAGCAAUAGUACCGCCAGUGGCAUCCAGGAAGUAACCACAACAUCGACCUCGAAAGUACAGUCCAAAGAUGGCGGCGUAGUCACCACCAGGACAACAGUGACAACCAAAUCUGUUGGUCCGGCUAAACCGAUGUCCGCUAUGGCUAAAUUCCGGCAGCUUGAUAAGCAAAAUUCCCUCUCAUCACAAUCACCUCCCAACUCCCCAAGAACACCUUCAACUCCAUCGACACCGGGCGCCGCUGGUCCCAUGUUUCAGUUCACUGACCCGUCACUGAACCGUCGCGCAGCCACUGUUAAGGAUCAAUUGCUGCAGUGGUGCCAGAUGAAGACAAGGGAAUACGAGAACGUUAAAAUAGAGAACUUUUCCACCAGCUGGUCAGAUGGAAUGGCAUUUUGUGCGCUGAUUCAUCACUUCCUUCCAGACGCUUUUGAUUUUACCAAAUUAACACCGCAACAACGACGUCAUAAUUUCACACUCGCCUUCCGAGUGGCUGAUGAAAAAGCCGGGAUCGCGCCACUGUUGGAUGUUGAAGAUAUGGUUGUAAUGCGAAAGCCUGAUUGGAAAUGUGUUUUUACAUACGUACAAUCAAUUUAUCGACGUUUCAAAAAUGAGGAUUAAAACUAGAGGAGGGUGAAGCCACCACCAAAAGCGCUCUCCAAGUGUCUCGUCAUGUCAAAAGUGGAUUAGAGAGCUGAACGUGUAAACUCGCGUGUGUAUACCUAGGGUUCUAUGUGUAGUUUUGAGUCCAGAACACAAAAAAACAAAGUCGUCAUAGUUGAGAAAUUUUCCUCUAGUUGUAGUCUCUCAUGUUGUUACUCUGUUAAUUUGAGAAAAUAGUUUAUUAGCUGCUCCCACGUUCUAAUGCGAAGUUAUUUAAUUAUUUUAUGGAUGUUUUUAAUGUUAUUAUAAUUACUUUUAGUUGUAAUGUUUCCCUUCUCUUCGCUAAUAUGAUAGUAUUUCGCUUAUGACUGUUAAAAUUUUCAUUAGCUUGUAGUAGCAGAUAAUUGGUUUAAUAUGCCGCAGCAUAGUGAAGAUUCCAUCUGACUGCAGCAAAAGUAAUCGAGGAACACGGCCUCUUAGGAGAGUUUUAAGUAAUAAAACAACAUCCAAGAGAGAACAAAUAGAUUGUGAUCAUAGCCGCUUGGUUUAUCUAUUACAGUAAAUAAUCGGCCAACACACAAACACACACACACACAACUCAGUGGUUUUCUAUUCUACAUCUACAGUCGAAUACAUUUGCCUCUGUUCGAAACCUUUGCCUAUUUUUUCAAUGAGCUAGAAAAUAGUAGUUUUAGGUUACUGUAAAACAACGAAAACAAACGCCAGCAAACCUCGGGGAUUACAUAGGCCCGAUAACGGAGAAUCGAAGUGGCAAUUGACAGAAACGUUCAAGCCUGCUUUUAUUAACAAUACAGCGAAAUCGAGGUUUUAAGCUCGUAUCGUAAAACUAGUAGUGGUGUAGGUAUAACCCUAACCUUCGAUUUGUCUUCUCCUCAAUCAAUAGACAGCAAUAGACGAACGAAAAUCGAAUGUAAAAAUCUUUACGUUAAUUCUCUGUAUCACCAUUGUUAUAUAUAUUUUGAACAGAAUCUUCAAAGCUGUUGAAAAUAGCUAGAGAGGAAAAAAUCCCUAGAUUAUGGGACCUACGAACAGAAGAAAUUUGUAUAGCACUCACACAAACAUGAAAUCCAGCACAACUUUAACGUUCAUAAUUUACAGUACAUAUUUACCUCUAGCACUAAGGCAGAAAUUAACAAUGCGCCUUUUCCCCAAAGCUUGGAACGCUUUACUGUUUCUACCCAUAUACUAUUUUUUUUAAUAAAGUGCAUUAUAUUAAAUCUGUUACUGAAUCAAAGCAGCAACAACGCGGCGGGGAAAACACUAGAAGCAUACGCUUGUACCUUGCAAAUAUAAUCGCAGGAAAACUAAA